AUGGUCACCGAAAUCCCCAAGCACUAUACUGGGUCUCCGUCCUCGUACUACGGGACUCCUCAUUUGACGAUCAACCGCGAGGCUACUAUUGACCUUGAUUCUAGCAAUGCCUUUGAAGGCCCCGAGAAGCUCCUAGAAGUGUGGUUCAGCCCUUCGGCCAACACCCUUCCCGAUGGCGUCGAGCCCACCGGUCUCAAGGCUGUUCCGGCCGACACCUGGAAGGAGAUGCUUGAUCUGGUCCACUGCAAGGUCCUCUCUGUCGUCGAAUCCGAGCAUGUCGACGCUUACCUCCUGUCCGAGUCGAGCAUGUUUGUGUUCCCGCACAAGCUCGUCUUGAAGACUUGCGGCACGACCACUCUCCUCUACGGUCUCCCGCGCAUGCUUGAGAUUGCGUCGAUCUCUGCUGGGUUCCCUGGCAUUCCUGCCGACCUGACCAAGAGCGUCCCGGCCGCCGCCACCCCCUACCGUGUCUUCUACAGCCGAAAGAACUUUUUGUACCCCGACCAGCAGCGCGGUCCCCACCGCAGCUGGCGCGAUGAGGUCAAGUUUCUGGACAAGAUGUUCAUCGGCGGCAGUGCCUACAUGAUCGGCAAGAUGAACGGAGAGCACUGGUACCUUUACAUUACAGGCCCCGACACGCGCCUGACUCCCCCAGCUACCCCGAGUGGAGAGCGCGAAGAGACGGAGACCAAGUACUUGAACAUGCCGCAGCGCAUGGUGGCUGGAGCAGAAUCUGAUGAGGCGCAAGACGAGACAUUGGAAGUUCUCAUGACCGAUCUCGACGAGGAGAACGCGCGGCAAUUUUACCUCGAAGACGCGAGUGCGGUCGCGGAAGGUCGGUUCUUCCAGAAGGCGCGCGAGGCGCGCAAGAGCGCCAUCAAGCACCUCGGCACCAUCCACGAGGACGAGUCGGCCGACUCGAUGGACGGCAGCACGCUCCUGAACGGGGCCAACAACCAUGACGACAACUUUGACGUCUUCGAGCAGACGUCGUCGGACCACAGCGGCCUGCCGUCGGACGAGGAGUCGGACCUCACGUUCCCCGAGGAGCUCACGACCGAGGGCCACACGCUCGGCACGGUCGUGUCGGACACGUGCGGCCUGUCGGACGUGUACCCGACGAGCAAGUACCCGGACGCGCGCAUCGACGCGUACCUCUUCACGCCGUGCGGCUUCAGCGCCAACGGCGUGAUCCCCGCGCCGCCAAGCGGGCCGGACAGCGACAACAACAACAGCGUAAGCGCGGGCGAAAAGGGCCACUACUUCACGGUGCACGUGACGCCGGAGCCGCAGUGCAGCUACGCGUCGUUUGAGACGAACGUGCCGGCGGCGCAGAGCGGGCGCGAGACGGUCGACAUUGUGGAGCAGGUGGUGCGGAUCUUCCGGCCGGGUCGCUUCAGUGUGACGAUUUUCGAGGCGAAGAAGCUGGAUGCCGAGGGCGAGGAACAGGUGCUCGGGCUUGCGGCGAAGCGCAGCUCUCGCAUGGAGUCCAUUGCGGGGUAUCGGCGCGUGGAUCGCAUUGUUCAUGAUUUGGAUGGAUACGAUUUGGUGUUUAGGUAUUAUGAGAGGGAUGAUUGGAAGGGGGGCGCGCCGAGGCUGGGCGAGAAUGGGUAUUGA